AUGUUUGUUUAUGACGUGCACGUCGCUGACGACAUGCGGUUCGCUGACGACAUGCGGUUCGCUGACGACAUGCGGUUCGCUGACGACGUGCAGUGCGCUGACGACGUGUGGUUCGCUGACGACGUGUGGUUCGCUGACGACGUGUGGUUCGCUGACGACAUGCGGUUCGCUGACGACAUGCGGUUCGCUGACGACGUACGGUUCGCUGACGACGUACGGAUCGUUGACGACGUACGGAUCGCUGACGACGUACGGAUCGCUGACGACGGAUGGUGCCUUGACGACGUGUGGUUCAAUGACGACGCGCGGUGCGAUAAAGAAGUGUGA